AUGUAUGACUCAACAUGGGUAAUAAAGUAUGACUCUAAUGACAAAUGGGCGAUUAUUUUCUUAUUUCUUUUUCUUGGAUGCUUAGUUGCUCUCUCUGGUCUUUAUUUGAUAGAAACAUUAAGGAUAAAACGCAAAUCUUUCAAACAUGAUAAUUCUCCAAGCGCUAAAGUUUCUUCGCCGCCUUCGGCUUUCGAGCGUAUAUACCUGGUGGUAAGAAAUGUUUAUUUGUACUUGGCAACGAAUAAAGCUAUUAUGACAAUUAUCAUCGUUCCACUCGUUUUCGCAAUACCGUUCCUUUUAUCGGAAGAGAUACGAAUAACCCAGGAACUAAAGGCGAAUGGGUUGGAAUGCUAUAUGAAAAACAACCCAUUCGCUUUGAUGCUUUUUUCUUCCCAUGAGAAGAUGAAUUAUAUACAUCGUCUCUUGUCUCAGUUUGCCAUUCUUCUUGGUAUUAUACAUGGGUUUACACGCCUUGCCUUGGAUGCUGAAAAAGGCCUAAGUUUAAUUAAUCGUGUAUAUAAUACAGGUUAUGCCAUUCUCGCCAUAACAGUCCUUUUAAUUAUUAGUGUUUUACCAUGGUUUAGGCGAAGGCUUUAUGAAUGGUUUUUCCUUAUCCAUCACGUUUGCAGCAUUGCAUUUCUUAUUUGUAUUUACUUGCAUCAUCCCCGAUGUAUUCCUUAUAUGAUUGCGGCCAGCGCUUUAUAUGCACUGGAUCGUGCAUGUAGGAUUCUUCGGUGCUUUCUGAAUAAAACAACGUUCCAGGCGACAAUGAUAGAGGAUGAUGUUAUUUACUUGCGUGGAAAAAAACCCAGAGCCUCUUUCUUUUCCUUACCAUGGUCUUCUGGCAAUCACGUUUAUGUCAACAUUCCUCGUUUAAGUUUUUGGCAGAUGCAUCCAUUCACAGUUGCUAGCUGCCCUUCAGACGACUAUAUUGAGCUUUUGGUUGUCGUCCGCAAGGGUUUCACACGUCGCUUGGCAAACCAUCUUGGUUCCACGGAUGAUUCAACAAGUGAAGAAUCAGAAAAGUCCAACUCAAAAUCCAACACUAGUAUCGUUGUAACUAGAUCAGACACAGGAAAUUACGUCUCUGAUCUUCAUAAACGAAUAGAGUCGGAUGCUACAUGUGUAACACCGAUCAAGGAAAUGACAAUCUUCCUGGAUGGACCUUACGGACCAAUGUCCAACCCCUUUAGGAAUUACUCUUAUGUUUUAUUUUCAGCCGCUGGUUGCGGAAUUACUUCCACUUUACCAUUGUUCAGAGACAUGCUGUUAAAUCCUGGGAAUACAGUCGACAUCACGUUCGUAUGGGCUUGUCGAUCACUCAAGUUUAUUCGUCUAUUCAAGGAGAUCUUGGAAGAUUCUAUAAAGCAGAAUGGUGUCACCGUUCAUAUAUAUUGCCAUUUGACGACAAGCUACUCUGUGAAAGAGCAUCACUUAAUAUCUGAAACGAAUGGUUCAAACUCGAUUCAGUAUUUUGAUGAGAGGCCUAACUUGGGAAAGUAUGUCGAGGAUUACUUUCAUUUGUCUGGAACAAAUACGAAUGCAAUAAGUGCAUGCGGCCCUAAUAAAUUUUUGAAAGCUUUGAAAAAGGAGAUGACCUCUCAGCAAAAAUGGGAUGCUGAUACAUUCCAGCAAUACGAAGAAAUUUAA